ACUCUGCUGGGUACCAGGCCCUGCACAGAGAACUGCUAAGAACAAGGAUUGACGAGGCAGCAGGCAUCCGGCCAUGAACUCUUGCUAAGUGUCCCUGGAGUGAUGUGAAUGGGAGAGGCCAGGAUGUGCCUUUUGAGUCUUGCCAGGGCUCCUGGAGAAUCCUCCGAAUUGUCCCCCGACUGGUGUAGCCCCAUGACUGAUGGGUGCUUCCUCUUCUUGCAGGCUCUGUACAACACCUAUUCCCAGAGCCUGGACAUCCUGCUCAGGGGCCUGCUGACGGAGACCCCCACCAUGGAGAAGCUGCAGCACCUCCUGGAGGUGUGCCCCAUCAGAUCUCCAACCUCCUGCGGCUGGCAGAUGGGGGAGGCCACAAGGACAUCGUGGCAGGCAUCAUGCAGGCAGCCAGGGUCCAGCCAGCUGCUGUGGCCUCCCGCCUAGUCCAGAUCCUCCAGCAGGAUGAGGUGUCUGUCGGGCAGAAGGUGGCGGCAUACGAGGACCUCAGGACCGUGCCGCUGGAGCAGGGGAUGGAGGCAGGACUUAUCGGCAGCCUCAUUGCUGUGGCCUCCCAGCAGAUGAGGGCGGCUCCAGAGGAGGCCUCGAGCGAGCUCCAGGCGGCUGCCAGUGAUACCUUGGCCGCCCUCGCUGGCAGCUACUUCGGGCCGGUGAUGCGGGAGCUCCAGAAACACCUGAGGCCCUUUGUGCUGCCAGCGGAGUUCACCCUCCUCACCCUGGGCAAGGCCAUGGUGGCCAGCGUGUACAGGUGCGUCCCUUUCCUGGGCAUCACCCUGACCACCAUGCAGACCGUGAUGCGAGGGAUAGAUGACAGCAGGAGACGAGGGGCCUUCUGCACCGCCCUGGAGUGCACGUGUGGGGCAAUCAGCACUUACCUGAGGAGCUGGGAGAGGAGCACCUAUCCACAAAUCACGCUCCAGCGCUUCUCUGCACACCUGCUCCCCACGUACCGGUACCUCCUCAGCGCCUGGCUGCCCAGCGAGGACACAGAGGUCAGACUGGCUGUCCUCAAGGCCCUGGGGCCAGUGCUGAGCAUCCUGCUGCCCAGGAAGGAUCUGCAAAACCAGAUCUAUGGGGACAUCCCCCUGCUCCUGGCUCUGUACGGGAAGAACAUCGAGGCCUUUUACAUCACCAAGGUUCUGGGACAGAUCUUGCAGGCCUCUUCCUCCAAGAACCCGAUCCCAGAGGUGUAUGUGGCGGCCUUCUCCCACAUGCUGAGCGACCAGGUCACUUCCAAAGCUCAGCGGCCCUAUCAGCUCUGCAGGAGAACCACACAGAGAUUCCCACGUCUUCCUGCAACUCGUUCCGGGGCUGGCCAGCCAGAAACACCUGUGCAUCAAAUCAGUGAAAUCAGUUCUUACCGACGGGAGUCCCAAGGGGGACAUCACAGCCUACAUCAUGGUCCAACUAUUUAACAUCAGGGUCUUGGGCCAGGUGCCGGACGCCCUGCAGGGGCUGUGCUCCGUGGGGCAGCCUUGAAGACCCCCCCCCCCGUUCGCAUGACCAGCUCCCACCCUCUGCCACAGCCUCGCUGCAGGCCCUCCAGCCACCCGCUCCACAGCAUUGCCUCCUUCUCCUCCUGAUCUUCCCCAACCUCUCCGAUUUCAACUACAUGGCUUCGACCUUUGCGUGGAUAUGGACUUUGGCUCGUACUUCCGACCACCCGGCUUUGACCUCUGGCAUGGACAUGAACCCUGGCUCCGGUUCUGCCUGCAAUACGGGGAAUGAUGGCUACUCUGGGACAAGUUUAUUUGGUGUAAUUUACCCCCUUUGGACUAAAGAAUUCUGAAGUAACACCUCGCUCCAAAGGUUGGGGUGAGGGACUAGGCCUAACACUCCCACUCGGGGAUCUGGGGAACCCCCUGGCUCCAGCUGCAUAGAUACGAGGAGGGGCUCUGGCCUGGGGUCUGCACAAGCUGGGACUAGAAGAGCCCAGUGGUCCCUUCUGGCCUAACGUCUGUGACUGUGGGGAGCGGAAGGUCCUGUGACGGUACCUCCCAUAAGUCUUUAUGGAAAUAGGACAUAACUGGAAUAUGUUUUGUGCUGCCUGUGCCAUGUAACAUAUCUCUGUAAAGGUUAUGGUCUACUAUAUCUAGUCAUCCUAUUUGGACACAUCUAUCAUUUUGUACUUGAGGUUAA